CAAUCUGAGCAUUUUAAUGUGUUGCAGUGAUCCUGGCUGCUUUUUCUGUAAGAGAUUAAUCUUCAUUCUCAGUUUCUUCUUUCCCUUUGGAAAUAGGGACCAGGAUGGUUGCAUGGUUGCACCAAAAGACAAAAACUAGAUGUUAAGAGAGAUAUAGAUAUUUAAAAGGUUGCCUAAAUUAUUAAGAAUUUUUUUUGCAAAAAUGCCCAUUGGUUAAUGUUGACCAUCCCUUUGUUUUGCAGUGGUUGCAAAGUGACUCCAAACCUUCUCCAUCCUUGGAUUUGUGACCAUUCUUGCUCUGCAUGCCGAGAUGGAGCUCUUGGGGACGUGCACUGCUCUCCUGGUCAUCUGGAUCUCCUUCCUUCUCCUUUCUGCCACCUGGAAGAGCAAGAUGUACAGAAAAGGGAAAAUGCCCCCCGGCCCCACUCCGCUGCCCAUCAUUGGGAAUGUUCUGCAGCUAAUGGGCAAAUACUGGGAUCAGGAAUUCUCCAAGAUAAGUGAGAAGUAUGGCCCAGUAUUUACACUUUAUUUGGGGAUGGAGCCUGUUGUGAUGCUGAAUGACUAUGAGUCCAUCAAAGAAGCACUGAUUGACCAGGGCAAUGACUUUUCUGCCAGGCCAAAAAUACCAUUGACAUAUAAAGUCAGCAAAGAUGGAGGGAUAGUCUUCAGCAAUGGGAAGACAUGGAAGCAGCUCCGGCAAUUUUCCUUGACCACCCUCCGCAACUUUGGGAUGGGGAAGAGGAGCAUUGAGGAGAGGAUCCAAAAGGAAGCUCAAUAUCUCCUGGAACAAUUCCAUGACACAAAGGGCCAACCCUUUGACCCACACCACCUCAUCACCUGUGCUACCUCCAAUGUCAUUGGUUCCAUCAUCUUUGGAAAGCACUAUGGAUACGACAACAAGAAGUUUCAAACCUUCAUCAAAUUGAUUGUUGAAUCCCUUGAUAUUUUUACCUCGUUCUAUGCACAGCUUUUCAAUGCCUUCCCUGCCUUCAUGGAAUGGGUUCCAGGACCCCAUCACCACAUGAUAGCAAACUAUGUCAAAUGCACAGAAUUCAUUUUAGAGGAAGCCAAGGAGCACAGGGCUACUCUGGACCCCAACUCACCUCGGGAUUUCAUCGACUGCUUCUUAAUCAGAAUGGAUCAGGAGAAACAUGAUGAGGCCUCUGAGUUCACCACGGAGAACAUGGUUACCUGCUGUACGGACUUGUUUGGCGCAGGAACAGAAACAACCAGCACCACACUCAAGUAUGGGCUCUUGAUCCUCCAGAAGUACCCAGAGAUUGAAGAGAAAGCGCAGAAAGAGAUUGAUCAGGUGCUUGGCCGCUCCCGGAUGCCCAGCAUGGCUGACCGCAGACAGAUGCCCUACACAGAUGCCGUCAUCCAUGAGAUCCAGAGGUUCAUUUCUCUUGUUUCACUGUCCGUUCCCCAUGCCAUGGUCAAAGACACACCAUUCAGAGGAUACGUCAUCCCAAAAGGCACCACAGUCUUUCCUAUUCUGACCUCGGUGCUGCAUGAUGGCAAGGAAUUUCCUAACCCCACAGAGUUUGACCCAGGACACUUCUUGAAUGAAGAUGGGACCUUCAGGAAGAGCGACUACUUCAUGCCCUUUUCAGCAGGCAAACGGGUGUGUGUUGGAGAAAGCAUGGCCCACAUGGAGCUCUUCUUGUUCUUCACCUCCAUCCUCCAGAACUUCAAGCUGAAACCCAUCACAGACCCCAAGGACAUUGAUGUCACACCUCUGGAGAAGCCUGUGAACAGAUUCCCCCGGCGCUAUGAGUUCUGUGUUAUCCCUCGCUGAAAAGCUCCUGUCUGGGGAACAGAUGCCCUGGGAAAGCCAGGGACCACUGCACAAACUCAGCUUUCGCUUCUUUGUGAAACAACUAUCCUAGACCUUCUUUAGAGAUGUCUGAAAGCCAUUCCAGCCUCCAGUGAAAACAUGAUUUUGUAUUAUAGCCACAGGGGUCUAAGUGGGUUCUUUCAAAUCAAUAUCUGUAGAUGGGUUUAACUUGCUUAAUUUUUAAAUAUUCUUUUAGUCUCUUUAACUUAGUCUCUGACUUUGCAUGCUGAUGUUCCAGACUAACAGCUAUAUCUUUGAAUGUCUCAAUCUAGAGUUUUAUUGUUUUUAAUGCUUGCUUUUCAAAACCAUUUUUGAGCCCUGUCAUGACUUUUCUGUGUUUCUAUGGUCAUAUGUGUGUGUAGUGAAUGUGAAGGAGCUUUAUGGCAGGAAUAUAUCAUCAGGAAACAAUAAAUGUUGUAAAUAAAUAAAU